GUGUAGCUUGAUGCCGGUCUGAUCCUGAGCCGGACGCUGUUGCGGAUCUUCAGCUGCAGGCUCUUCAAAAGUUGAGACACGUCAAGCUGCUGUUUGAUCAGAUUGCAACUUUGGUAAACGACAGAUAUAUACAGGUUAGCUUUAGCUUCGUCAACACACUGCAGAUAGGUUAAUGUCGCGGUGAGGAUAAUCGGCUAAUUAGCUAGCAAGUUGAUAUAGUGGCUGCUGACUGGGGGGGACGCACAGCUAACGUUAGCUAGCUUAGCUUUUGGUGCAGAGAAGACAUCACAUCUGAGGAAUUUAAGAGUCCUUCGUCAGUGUACACAUCCAGGUGGACUUCUCCGCUCGUCCUCUGCUGGAACUCGUGAUGGGGCACAGGUUUGUCCUCGGGGUUCGUCGGCCUCGUGACGUGCAGUUUGUGGUGCCGCCGCUGCUGCUCCUCGCCGUCCUGCUGGCGGCGGUUUUGGCGGAGAGCCAGGACUACUACAAACUGCUGAAAGUCAGCAGGGACGCCACGACCAGAGAGAUACGCCAGGCCUUCAAGAAGCUGGCGCUUACCAUGCACCCCGACAAGAACCCUGGCGACUCUUCGGCCCACGAGAAGUUCCUGCAGGUGAAUCGCGCCUACGAGGUUCUGAAGGACGAAGACCUCAGGAAGAAAUACGACAAAUACGGAGAAAAGGGAUUGGACGAGCAGCAGCAGCAGGGAGGACGCUACGAGAGCUGGAACUUCUACCGAUACGACUUUGGUAUCUACGACGACGAUUUGGAGAUCAUCACGUUGGACAGCGGAGACUUUGAGGCGGCAGUGAACUCGGGAGAAAUUUGGUUCAUCAACUUCUAUUUCCCACGAUGCUCCCACUGUCACACGCUGGCUCCAACGUGGAGGCAGUUUGCCAAGGAGAUGGAUGGAGUGAUCAGGAUUGGAGCGGUGAACUGUGGAGACAACAACCAUCUGUGCCGGAGCAAAGGCAUCAACAGCUACCCCAGCCUGUUUGUCUACAGAGCAGGCCAGAGGCCGGAGAAGUUUAACGGGGAGCGGUCUAAAGACAGCCUGGUCCAGUUCUCCAUGAAGCUAAUCACGACAACCGUCACUGAGCUCUGGCAAGGUAACGUGUUCAGCGAGAUAGAGAGCGCGUACUCGUCAGGGCUCGGCUGGCUGAUCACCUUCUGCUCCGACACUGGAGAUUGCCUGGAGCCAAGAACAAGACAGAAGGUGGCUGGGAUGUUGGACGGUCUAGUUAAGGUGGGAUGGAUGGACUGCUCCUCACAGGAACAGCUCUGUGACAGUUUCCAGGUGACGAGUGGAGCGACUGCUUUGUUCCCACCUGGAAGUUCUCUGGAUCAGCCGGGCAGCGUACUGUGGCUGAAUACUCUGGACAGUAAAGAGAUUUACAAUCAGGUCAUCGACCAUCUGCCCGAUCUGGAACUGCUGACCGGUGACAGCUUCCAGAGGAAGCUGGCCCAUCAUCGCUGGUUGGUGAGUUUUACGUUUGGAGACAGAAGCCCCGCCUCCAACGAGUACAAGAAGCUGCAAGCUUUCCUCCGAAAUGACCACAUACAGGUCGGCAGAGUCGACUGUACGGCAGACUCAAAGUUGUGUCAGUCCCUCUACAUCCAUGCUCCCUGCGUGGCGGUCUUCAAAGGACUGGGGAUCCACGACUUCGAGAUCCACCACGGUAAAGACGUGUUGUACAACAUCGUGGGUUUUGCGAGGGACAGCGUUCGUGCUCACGUGACGACCCUGAGACCCGACAACUUCCCUUCCGACAGAAAGGAGCCCUGGCUGGUGGACUUCUUCGCUCCGUGGUGUCCUCCGUGUCGCGCUUUGCUGCCUGAACUGAGAAAAGCUUCAAUCCAGUUGGCCGGACAGAUGAAGUUCGGUACUCUGGACUGUACCAUCCACCAAAACCUCUGCUCCACGUAUAAUAUUCAGGCUUAUCCCACCACCGUGAUCUUCAACGGCUCCUCUGUUCACGAAUACGAAGGGCAGCAUUCAGCUGACGGCAUCCUGGAGUUCAUACAGGAUCUGGUCAAUCCGUCCGUGGUGGUCCUGGAUCCUUCCAGCUUCAGCGAGAGAGUUAAAGGUCGAGCUGAGGGGCAGAUCUGGGCGGUGGAUUUCUACGCUCCGUGGUGCGGUCCCUGUCAGGCUCUGCUUCCAGAGUGGAGACGCAUGGCCAGGCUGCUGUCAGGCCAGAUCCUGGUGGGCUCAGUCGACUGUCAGCGCUUCCAGUCCUUCUGUCAGGGUCAGAACGUCAGGGCGUACCCCGAGAUCCGCCUGUACCCCGGCAACACCCGGCAGUCGGAUCGCUUCAUGAGUUAUAACGGCUGGAACAGGGAUGCCCAGUCACUGAGAUCAUGGGCACUGAGCUCUUUACCCCGAGCAUCGGUGGAUCUGACUCCAGAGUCCUUCAGGUCUCUGGUUCUGUCAGGCCAGGAUCACUGGGUUCUGGAUUUUUACGCUCCGUGGUGUGGACCCUGUCAACACUUUGCCCCGGAGUUUGAAACCCUGGCUCGGAAUCUGAAAGGGGAAGUUCGAGCGGGGAAAGUGGACUGUCAGGCUCAUCAUCAGACCUGUCAAUCGGCUGGAAUCACCGCCUACCCAACCGUCAGAUUCUACCCGUACCUGGGAACACGGAGGCAUGAACACAGCGGAGAACACAUCAAUAGCCGGGACGCCGACGUGAUCGCCGACACAGUCAGACAGCGACUACAACAGCUGACGCCGCGGUUACACAGCAAACGGAAGGACGAGCUCUGAUGAUCUUCGGGCGCUGCUAGGAGAAAGACCUGCAAUCUGAUUGGUCAGGGAGGGACAGAGGUGGAUUUUGAUUGGUCCGGCACAAUGAUCAAUCAGUCAACACUCCUUGAGAAGAACAACACAGAGACGGAUGGACCUGCUGUGUGGAAUGUACUGAACACUUCUGCCUUGAUUUUAUCUGUUUUUUUUUUAUUUUGUCUCCAUCGUUUGUAUUUACUCUAUGAAGUAAAACUGUGAGACACUGGACAUGUUACUGACACUCACACACACACACACACACACACACACACACACACACACACACACACACACACACACACACAACACACACAC